AAGUCCGAUCAAGAUACAACGAAGAGCUCGCGCCCUGACAUUGAAUGCGGAAAUACACAAUCUAGGGAUAGUUUGUUAUCACGAAAAUCAUUAAGAGAGUUUAAAGAUGCACAGAGGAAGCCUUUUGUGAACUUUGUAGCCGUUAAAAAAACUCUAUUGUCCGAUUAGAGGCGUUACACCGAAGGAUUCCGAAAGGUAACCAAGCUUUUCUUUUCGGUACACAAUCAGAGGCUCAGUAAAAUCAAAUUGAUGCAUAUAACCUCUCGCUAGAUACUCAUACAAGAUGAGAGUAUAAUAUUGAAAUAGAGUAAUGGCCACUUCUCCAAGCCGCAUGAGUACAACACUUCCUGCUAACACCAGUACAUCCCUUGCUGAAGAUGGAAGGAAAUGGUCGUCUUUAGACGCACAUCAACAAGGACCUGAACCUUUCCAAUCCAUACCUGCUCAAGAACUACUCAAAGACAGCUGUAGCAAAUGUGGGUGGAUAAGAAAAGAGGGAGGAAGUGUAAAAUCCUGGCGUGACAGAUAUAUCAUCUUGCACAAAGGCUGCAUGUAUUAUUACAAUACUCCAGAUGCUAAAACUACAGCUGGCAAAUUUUCUCUCAGUGGAUACAGAUUGUCCCCAGCACCAGAGAAAACUUCCAAAUUUCAAUGGACUUUUAAACUAGUUCAUUUACAACCAGAAAAAAGGACUUACUACUUUGCUGCAUAUUCUGAACAAGAAAUGAAUGAAUGGAUGAACAGUAUAGUAAGUGAUAUGAGAGAAUACUGUGGGACAGGAAGACAAAGCAUCAUAGAGCCAAAUGAUAAUGCAGAGCUGGAGUACUGCUACCCUGAAGUAGAACCUAAAUUUGACCUGGAACAAUUAGCAACUAUGUUUGGAAAACCUCAACCACAACCAGCAUUAGAACCAAUGUACUGUCCACCCCCUGAAAUGGGUUCUCCACAAGUGCAAAGAAAACCCCUGCCUCCUCAGAGACCUGCAUUUCCUUCACCUAAGCCACUUCGAGGAGGGUUCAGCUACACUGGCAUCCCAACUCCUGUGCCAGGCCAAGGAGGUGCUUCAUUAGGGGUAGUCAGACAAUCUCCUGGAAGGACAAGUCCUGAUUUUCCCCGCAAGUUAAGUGAUCCUCCUGCUCUACCGGCAAGAAAGGGAAAACCAUUAGCACCGCCCAAACCACUUCCUCGGCCACCUCCUCUGACGCGGCACACCACUGAACCUAUCAUGAGGUACCCAUCGUUGCCCUGUAGAGACCAAGAAGAAGAAGAAGAAGAAGGGGAAGGUUAUUUGGACAUAGUUCCAGACACAAAUCCUGAAGAUGUCAAUGAAAAGCAACCCGCCCUGUCAAGGUCUGUCCAGGGAUAUCCAGAUGGACGAAGCAUCCGUCGGCAUCAUAAUGAGAUAGUUCUUCCUUCCUCGGCUGUAAAACUCGACGUGGACAAGAUGCAAGUUGGGGCUCUCUUGGAAAAUAAACUCGGAGUCUACAUACUGCGUAGAAGUCAGAACGCACAGUCAGAGCGGGCUCUGUCCGUGUGGACUGGAGAUCGAGUACGACAUUACAUGGUGUUUCAGGAUGAAAAAGGCUACGCCCUUGAUCCUGAUGGCGUGCGAUGCAAAACAAUUGAGAAGCUAAUAAAACACUUUUACGACUUCACUUUACCAAGAUGUGACGUGAAACUUACAGCGCCUUAUAAAUAGAUUUGAAUGGACUAAAGGCUGACAUCAAAAAAAGGACCAUGGAGUAACAAAUUAGAGUUAGCCAAAUCUUUUAUCUGUAAAAUUCAUCACAACAGUAGUUGGUGUUGCUAUUGAAUUUGUGGGGUGUUAUCAAACGGGUGAUAUUUUGUCUAGGUUGGA